AUGCAAACCGAGCGACAGCAUGUUGACGUCGCCUCUCCAGAGCUCUACGAAAGCAAAGGCAAGGAGAAGGAGGUAGCGGUCGAAGGCCCUACCACGACCUCGGGCACGACAGAUCUUCAUGGCAGCCGGUGCGGGCACAAGCACUUGCUCCACAGCCGGCAGAGCACACUUUCGAUGAGCAGCAGCCAGGGCAAGCAUAGAAAGCCGAAAGGCAAGCAAGCCAAGAAGGCAGCGAAGAAGGAACACAAAACGGCCAAGCUCGAGCUCAAGAUCGACAAGCUAAAGGGCCUGCUGCAUCAACGCCAGAUGACCGUCAUCGCUUUCGUCAAUUCACGAUCGGGUGCGCAACUGGGCGAGAUGGUCAUGCCGCACCUGGCCGCCAUCUUGGGCGAGGACCACGUCUUCGACAUCAUCUCAGACGGCAUCAAGCCAGGGCUGGAACAGUUCAAGGAUGCGCCCAACCUGCGCGUGCUCGUGGGUGGCGGCGACGGCACCUACCACUACGUCAUCCAGGCCAUGAUCGAAGCUGGCAUCUGUCCUCUGCCUCCGGUGGGCACCAUUCCGCUGGGGACGGGCAACGACUUGGCGCGACAGUUCGGUUGGGGUGGCUCAGUCUAUCCCAAUCGCAAGAAGGUGCUCAAGCUCGUCUACAAGUUCGCCACCUCGGCCUGCCUCACUCCGCUCGACAUUUGGAUGGUGAAGAUCACGCCCAAGGACCCGGAGACACUGGAGCCCUUGGAGAACGAAUCCACGUCGCAGAUCAUGUUCAAUUACUUCAACGCCGGGUUCGAGGCCGGCGUAUCGUACCGCUUCGACCGCUUCAGGAAGAGACACCAAAAGCUCUUCAAGGCCCGCAAGGUGAACCAGAUUGGUUAUGGCCUCAGUGCCCUGUCCUCGACCAUGCGUGGAGGCAACCAGUCACUCAACAACCUGGUGGAGAUGUACGUCAACGGCAGCAAGCUCGAAACGCCCGAAGACCUCAAGACGCUCGUGGUGCUCAACUUCAAGAACUAUCAAGCGGGUCUCGAUAUCUGGGGCAAGCCGAAGAGGGCCGGCAUUCACUUGGAGCCGUGGUGCCUGGCCUACAUCCUCACCAACCCCAAGGUGGACCUCGAUGUCAACAUCUCCUCGGCGAGCGUGCCCACCCGCACGCCCGGCGCCCACCGCGAGUCGAGCGCCUCCGCUGCCGAGGAGGUCUACAGAUAA